AUUUUCCACAAUUUCUCUCUUCGUGUCGCACCCUUCUCUCUCUCUCUCUCUCUCUCCGUCUCCCUCGCUGUCUCUCUCUUUCUCUCCCUCUCAAUUUAUUGUUUAUGUAUGUUCUCAGUGUUGGAAGCUUGACGGGGGUUGAGAAAGAGCCAUGCGGGAGCUCUGCUCUGUAAGGUUUCUUCGCAACCUGAUUCGAGCUCAACCCCUCUCCUCACCUAAAAAGGCCAAAAUACUUUUCUAAAGCCCCCAUUUCCCUAUAAAUUUUAAAUUUUGAUUUCCUGCCAUUCGAUGGGAAAUUUAUUCGUGAAGAAGCCCAAGAUCACCGAUGUCGAUCGUGCGAUUCUCUCGCUGAAGACUCAGAGGCGCAAGCUCGCCCAGUACCAGCAACAGCUUGAUGCUGUCAUUGAAGCUGAAAAGCAAGCUGCAAGAGACUUGAUACGUGAGAAGAAGAAAGAGAGGGCCUUGUUAGCGUUAAAGAAGAAGAAGGCACAGGAAGAAUUACUGAAGCAAGUGGAUGCUUGGCUCAUUAAUGUUGAGCAGCAAUUGGCAGAUAUUGAACUGGUGAGCAAACAGAAAGCUGUUUUUGAGAGUUUGAAGUCAGGUAAUAAUGCGAUCAAAGCAAUACAAAGUGAAAUAAACUUGGAAGAUGUUCAAAAACUGAUGGAUGAUACUGCUGAAGCUAAAGCCUAUCAAGAUGAAAUUAAUGCCAUCCUGGGGGAGAAACUAUCAGCUGAGGAUGAAGAGGAAAUUUUAGCAGAAUUUGAGAACCUUGAAACUCAGAUGGCUCUUCAAAAUAUGCCGGAAGUUCCUACUUCAGUGCCAACUACUUUAGUAAAGGAAGAGAUGUUGGAUCUGCCUGAUGUACCAACAAAAGCACCAGUUACUCCUGAGGUGAUUGCGGAUGAUGCAGAGGAUGCUUUAACCAGAGUAUCAGCUGGGAGAAAAGGUCUCUCUCUCUCUCUCUCUCUCUCAAACACACACACAUACGCAUGCACACACGUGUAUGCUUACACUUGACUGAGAUAAUAAACAAUUUCCUGUGACAGUUUUGGAGGAACCAUUGCCUGCUUGAGUGGGGGAAGAUGUUCGAGCUGGUCAUUACUUUCAUUGCAUGCUGUGGAAAGAACAGGCUUGUCUGUUGCCCGAGUUGUUACUGAUCCCAAGUUGUUCUGGUUUGCUUCUGUCCGUUCAUGUACUAUUAUGUUUCUUGUCAAAACCCCACCCCACUCCCGAUUAUUGUUUUGCUCCCGUGAUGGUGUUCACUGCACUAAAAAGUAUCUGUACAGAUCUAUUUGCUUUCUAUAUUGCGACUUAGCAUGCCAAUGGAAUGGAAUGACUAUUUAUUUUUCUUGUA